ACAAGUAACAGUUGGACACGGCCUGGCUGAACGGCGCCCUCUUUCAGAAAUCUGGUUUGGAAAACAGAACAAAUGGCGGUUGACAGCUCGAGAACUGCUAUUCGAUUCGAGUGUAGGCGUGACAAACGAUCGGUCAUAUGAGCGUCAGUAGCGCCAUGUUACCGGGAAACCUCGGCCGCUCGUGAGGAUUUUGUAAAGGGAUGGCACCGCCGAAGUACAUUAUAAACAGCAAGGUGCUGAAUUAGGCUAUGGUUUGCCUUGAUACGUAACGACGGUUAACAGAGCAAUCAAUCAGUUGAUUGAUUAACCUGAAUGACUGUCAUCUAUUUGUCAGGUAGCAGCAGCGCUUCCCAGACCAUCUCCCCCCUAGCCAGCUACUCCACCAAACCUUCAGCCCAGGCCCAAGCCCAGCCAUGACAGCCAAGUCGUCCCUGCUCAAGGUGAUCCUCCUGGGGGAUGGCGGCGUGGGCAAGUCCUCUCUCAUGAACCGCUACGUCACCAACAAGUUUGACACGCAUCUCUUCCACACCAUUGGCGUGGAGUUCCUAAACAAGGAGCUGGAGGUGGACGGGCGCACCGUGACGCUCCAAAUCUGGGACACGGCGGGCCAGGAGCGCUUCCGCUCGCUCCGGACACCUUUCUACCGUGGCUCCGACUGUUGUCUCCUAACCUUCAGCAUGGAUGACAACCAGAGCUUCCACAAUCUCAACAACUGGAAGAAGGAAUUUGCCUACUACGCUGAUGUCAAGGAACCUGAGAAGUUCCCAUUCGUGAUCCUGGGUAAUAAGUUGGAUGUGCCAGAGAGGCAGGUUUCGGGCGAGGACGCCCGCCAGUGGUGCCGCGAGAACGGCGGCCACCCGUACUUUGAGACAAGCGCCAAGGACUCGACCAACGUGGUGGCGGCUUUUGAGGAGGCGGUGAGGAGGGUGCUGGCGCAGGAGGAAGGGGGGGAGCACCUCAUCCCGACGGACACAAUGGACCUGCACAGGAAGCCGCGCUCUGGCGCCUCCUGCUGCUGAGAUGUAGGGGUGAUUACCUUUAUUUGACUCUUAAAGGCCCAAUGAAGCUGUUUAUCUCAAUUUAAAAUGGGCAAAAAUUGAUUUUUAGCAAAAAACUAUUUCUCAAGCAAGAAUAUGGCUAAGACUGGGAAAACUAGCUGUUAUUGGAAGAGGGGUUUGGAACUGUCUUUGUUAUUGGUCUAUUAACCAAUCAACCGCAUAGUGAUGUCACCAUGGAAAGCUGAAACUCCUGCCCAUGCAAACCUGCUGAUUAUAAUGUCCUGUGUAGAUUGUAUUUUCAACCACCAACUAUCAGGAAAUAAACUGAUCACAUUUUUUCACAGUU